AGGCGGAGCCAGGGAGAAAGUGAGCCAGGGGCCCAGGGCUUAAUCUGGAGCCCUUUUAAGGGAAGAGGAGGAGCCCAAAGGAGGAGGAGGAGGAAAUGGCGGCGGGGAGGCCCUGGCUUUCAUUGUAACAAAAGAGACGGUGAUGCCGAACAAGAAUGAAGUACGCCUGUCUUUCCUUCAGACAGCCCUAUGCCGGGUUGGUUUUAAACAAAGUCAAAACCAUAGAGACCCGUUGGCGGCCGUUGUUGGCUGAGUACAAGGCCUGCACCCUUGCUGUCCACAUUGCCAUCAAAGACUGGGACGAUGACACCUGGAAAGACAUCCUGGCAAAGAGACUUGGCAUGACACAGAGUCAAAUUGAAGCACUAUUAGAUAGCGGUGAAAGGUUUGGCAGAGGUGUUAUUGCAGGAUUAAUUGAUAUUGGGGAGACAUCGCAAUGUCCUACAAACUUACCUCCUGAAGACAUGUCCAUACUGGAAAAUAAAGCCAUACUCUCUGGCCUUGAACAGAAAUACUUAACUGUUAUUUCAAAUGCCAGCUGGCUAUUGGAGCCCAUUCCUGCCCGAGGGCACAAAGAUGUCUGGCAGGUAGACAUCCCAGAAGAACUGAUUCCUUCCAUGGAAAUCUCUUGAAGUUGUCGUCUAUGUGGUUCCUUGGUCCUGUGUUUUCUGAGUCAAAAGGAGGCUAGUUUUCAGCUGGAAAAACCUGUUGGUGCUGCCUUUCCCAGCUGGACCCAAGGAUCAGUAUUACAAAGAUUGGAGCACAGCUAUUCUGCAUUUGGGUGAGAUCAUUGUAGUAUACAGGGAGUAGUAAUGUAAUGACUAGAUACAUAAUGUGUGUACAGUAUCUUUUAAGGCUUUUCUUGGAUAAUUGGACAUUGUACAUUAACUUGUAAAGUGAUACAUUAAUAAUUGUUUAUGUAAAAUACUGAUAAAUACUCAGUCUCAAUCUCCUCCCCAAAGUCUCCAUUCUAGGCACAUUGUUUUCACUAGUAAUUUGGUCCAGUAUCAAAUGGCUACAUGCAGGUCUAGAGCCAUUACUAUCCUAUAGAUAUGUGUAUAUUUUGCAAACUAAAAAUAAAUCACGGUGUUAAAGGGCCUGGAGUCAGUGGACAGCAGCUUUGUGGAUAGGCUCUGCCCAUGUUUUUCCCAAGACAAAACCCUUAGUUCUUUAAAGGUUAAGGGACAAGGAGAAAUUAAGACAUUAGCUGCUGCUUUCCCUGGUAUUUGUGGUGCAGCACUGGGAAAGCUGCACCUUUUGAAUUCCUGUCAAUUAUGCUGGAGCAUUUGUCAAGAAUAAGGCAAUGCCUAUUCAGGUUCAUCCUUUUAGACUUAGGCUGCACCCGUAGUACAUAAAUGAUGCUAUUUGACAAUUUUAACUGCCAUGGGAUUUGUAUUUUUGUGAAUUUAGCUUCCCCAGAGAGCUCUGGUGCUACAACUACAAAUCCCAAGAUUCCAUAGCAUGGAGCCAUGGCAGUUAAAGUGGUGUCAAACUGCAUUAAUUCUGCAGUGCAGAUGCAGACCCAGUGACAGAAGCAGGUUUACCCAUAGUCAUUCUUAUCAUAAUGCUGCACACUCUUAUUUGCAGUUGUAGACACCCUUUGGUAGAAUCUUAGGAAUUCCUUCAAUCGGUCUUGAUUUUGUGCUUGAAUGUAUUAUUAUUAUUAUUAUGAUCAUUAUAAUUAAUGUUUAUUUGUAUUGUGCCAUAAAUUUGCAUGGCACUUUCCAGAAUAUACCCAGUCUUAUGUUUGUCUCAUCCUUAUUAAGUACUCAGCCAUGGAGUUGCCUUCUCUCUUGCCAUCACGACACUUGCUUUCUGUCCCACUCCAAUCACCUUACUACUAUUUAUAGUGUCCCUUCCAACCUUUUGCAUCUCAUAGCACUCCUGUCCAUCCACAAAUGCCAAAUCUGGGGAAAUACAGCUAUACAAUACUGUUUUUCUGAACCGAGUUUCUUAAAAUGCUACAGAGAUUUGAACAUGCCUAUUAGGAGAAUGUCCACUUUGGUUUAGAUUAUGAAGACAGUUCUUUGGGCCAUUUCAUGUGUUUUUAAUAUGCACAUAUUCAUUUUAUGCAAAAACAUAGGACAGGAAAUUAACAUUUGGCAGUACUGAGGGAGUUUUAGACUUGGCAAAUAGUUAAAAUCAUUUGAGUUGCACAAUUUUAAAGCUUCCCCCAAUAUUCCUAUGAAGCCUAACAUUUAUUUUAGUAAAAUAUUUAUAUUCCACCGUAUAUCUGAAGAACUGGCACACCGUGACUCCCAAACCAGUUGAACUGGUUUGGCUGUUGAACUAUGAAUGGACGUCAUGGUUUGAUUCCUUGCUUGGCCAUGGAAACCCACUGGAUGACUUUGGGCAAGUCACACUCUCUCAGCCCCAGAAACCCCCACCAUAGGGUCACUGUAAGUAUGACUUAAAGGCACACAACAAUAACAAGCCAGAUGCCUAAGUCCAAUUGUUAGUCCCAAUUAGAAUAGACCUGUUUAAUCAAUGGUAACUUGGCAAGUCACUUAAUUUUCUUUGAUUCAGUGGUCCACUCUAGUCUCCCAUCUUUCUCCCACCAUGGGAUCCAAGACAACGUACAUUAUAAAAGCACAAUACAAUUAACAUUUGAAUUGAAGCCAAAGCCUUUUCAGAUCAGAACUUGGAAACAUUAUUUUCCAGAAUGCAAUUCCCAUAACUGUUGAGAGGCUGGCUGGCGGAUAAUGGGAAUUGUGGUCUAAAAAAGUAACCUUUCGAUGCUGCCUAUCCUUCAGUUCUCAUCAUGUUAUUCUAGAUAGCUUAAAAGCUUCCCCCCCCCUUUGCAUCAAGGUUUAACAUAGCAGCUGUUUUGCUUACAAUGUGACAAAUAUAUUGGUGGUUCUAUCAGUAUUAGUACAUAAUUACAGUAUUCCUCAUCACUCUAAUUGAUAUAAGUCAGUAUCCAGUAAGCUUCCACAAUGAAAAGGAAUAACUAAAUGUCAGAUGGCCAAAAGUAGAUUAAUUUAAAAACACUGAUUUUUAUUUUUAAGCAUUUGUUAUUUCUCCACACGCAAACAUGUAUAAUGGAAGCAGGGGGACCUGAUAUGAAAUAUGCGAUAUUUUGUCAAUGCAUUUUAGACCUCACAAUGACUACACAAUAAUAAUGGUUAUGUCAUAAUUGCAUCACUUUGUGGUGCAAGAACUAGAUGAAUGAUGCCAAAAUAGUUUCUCAGAUGAAAUGGUAGGUCACUUUAUGGAAACAAGUACUUGUCAGAGAAUGCGCUAGCUUUGCCUUGAAUAAAAAUGGAUUGUUUUUUGAGUUA